GUUUUCUUCGUGCUGACGCCUCGCGUCUUAUUUGCGCCCGCAGCUUCUGCGUUUGUGUGUUUGAGCCGCGGUGUUUGCCCGCUCGCAGCGCCGGGUUAGCUCGCUAGCCGGUGCGGCUUACUGUGCCGACACCGCCUCGGACUGUAGGGCGGUCUCGCUGACAGGUCGCUCACAACAACAGCCCCCAAAGCGGAGUCAAAACCGCGUUUACAGCCAUUAAAUCUGCGUUGUGUGCGUCGUGGCGGUCUCUGCACGCCAGGAAACGGGUUGUGUUCCACAGAGGAAUUUCAGCUAAGACUGUGUGGAGGAUAAGGCGUAGGCCUGUUUAUCGCACAAUGACCAGUUCCUCCACACCUAGAAUGCAUACAUACAAAAGGACUUCUAGCCCUCGGUCUCCAACUAAUACUGGGGAACUCUUCACAUCGGCCCAUGAAGAAAAUGUGCGCUUUAUCCAUGACACGUGGCAGUGUGUUCUCAGAGAUAUUAAGUCACCUCAGAAUAGCGAACGUGGACCACAAGAAUAUGUGGAGAAAAACCCAAACCCCAAUCUCCAUUCCUUCACACCAGUUGACCUAAGCGACCUCAAGAAGCGCAACACACAAGACUCCAAGAAGUCUUAGUGAAUUUUCUUCUCUCGCUUUGGUUCAGCAGCUUUUUUGCCCCCACUCACUCUCUUCGGGACCUUUGUAUGCCACCAACCUUCUGUCAGCCAACAAUAUGCCAACUUGUUGGGCCACCUUAGUCCAGAAAGCCUCUGCCUUUUCUGUCUCGUAGACCUGUGGUCUGGACAAACCGGCUGACAUAUCUUCAAGACCCAUUCAAUCCCUGGUUCUUUACCCUUCCCAUUCUGUAUUCGGACGCUCUCGUUCCAAAUCCAUUCGUCACUUAUUGACAGAGAUGGGCAGGCAAGAAGGCCUGGAGUCCAGUUUCAGGGAUUUUGUCUUCUCUUGGUCUCUGGAUUUUGUAUUCUGAUUAAUUUUUUUUUUUUUUUCAUAAGCAUUGUUUGUUUAUUAUUGUUAGUAUUUUGACCUGGCAGAAGGGAAUGACAGAGUGGAGGUGGCAUGUGGAUACAGAGGGACGGACUCUAAAACCAUCUCAAAACACGACGUACUGCAGUCUUAAAACAACGCUCCAUUUUCAAACCAUGUCAUUUUGGAGGUUUGGGAAGUUAGUUGGAUAUGGAGUUUAGUAUGAUAGUACAGGCGAGUUUGGGAAGCCAAAUGUUUUUAAUAGAGAUACCAUCAGUUUUUUUUUUUUUGUUUGUUUGUUUUUUUUAAAGAAAAUAUCAAUACCUUCAAAGAAUUUAAGUUCUUUUUUCUGCAUCUUAAACUUCAAGCCUUGAAAUUGAAAUAAAAGUGACUUUUAUGGUA